AUGAAGAAAGCGGAUCGCUUACGCGAGAAAAGACCUGUUAAUAGUAUACUUUCACUCGAGACUAGAGAAACUUCGUUUUUUCUCGCCAAAGUGAGGAUAUCGGAAGAAUCUGAAACAGUUGUGCUACAAAAGUGUGAGAAGUUGGCGGAGCUAAUGAAAUUGUCAAAGUGUACGUUAGUGUAUACUGGAGCAGGCAUAAGUACUUCGGCGAAAAUACCAGACUAUCGCGGUCCAAACGGUGUGUGGACAUUAGCGGAAAAAGGAAUAGAAGUCAAGAAGUGUGCUGAUCCUGUUGAAUGUUCUCCAACCACAAGUCAUAUGGUGCUAAAGGAGAUGUGUCGCCGCGGCAUGGUACGUCAUAUCCUUUCGCAAAAUUGUGACGGUCUUCAUCUACGGUCUGGUGUACCACAAAAAAUGCUUUCUGAAAUUCAUGGUAAUAUGCAUAUUGAAGUUUGCAUCAAUUGCGAUCCUCCACGCCAGUAUAUUCGCUCGUUUGAUGUCACUCAGAACAGUCGAUUUAGAAGGCACAGUACGGGAAGAACCUGCACAGUAUGUAAUUCUGAAUUACAAGAUACCAUCGUACAUUUCGGAGAGAGAGGAAGAUUACCAUGGCCGUUAAACUGGAACGGAGUCAUAGGUCUAGUUGAUCGGUGCGAUUUGAUUCUUUGCUUGGGCACUAGCAUGGCAGUCCUAAAGGAAUAUCAGUUUCUAUGGCCGAAACCAAGGAGCAAUACCAAGAUAGCUAUUGUCAAUCUUCAAUGGACUCCAAAGGAUCGAGCAUCUUGUUUGAAAAUCAAUGCCAAGUGUGAUCUGGUACUGGAAAAUUUAGCUAAAUUAUUGUCAGUUCCAGUGGUCUCAUACUGUAGAAAUUGUGAUCCAGUUCUCAAUCCUCGUCGUAGUACGCGUAUUUCGGAAUUAAUGAAUCGUUUAACUGAUUGUCUUUGCCAUAUUCGUUCACCGCGUAGGAAGUAUGAAGUGCCGGAAGGGCCGAAGGGUGCUCCAGGUUGGUGGGCAGCUGGUAUGCAGAAAACAAUUCAACGUGCUCGUCAAGGUUUGGUAAUUAUAUGA